GACUCCUAUGGGCACUACAGGGAACCCUUCAUCACUCAAACCAAACACCACUGGUGGUGGAAAUUGCACUUUGUGUGGGAGAGAGUGCAUGUCAUGCAGGGCUACAGUGGCUUUGUAGUCUUUCUGGAGGAGGACAACUACAUCUUUCCUGACUUUUUUCAUUUCUAUAAAUUAAUGAUAAAGUUCAGGAAGAACACCUGCCCUGACUGUGACAUGCUGGCUUUGGGUAACCACAACGCCCUGACUGAUUUUCCCAGGCUGUCCAAUAAGGUGUUGACCACUGGUUGGCUGUCCACUAAACACAACAUAGGCAUGGCCAUGCCAAGGGAGGUAUACUACAAGCUGAUGGGCUGCAGCAACGAUUUCUGUACCUAUGACGAUUACAACUGGGACUGGACUCUGCAGCACCUCUCAGGAACCUGCAUAUCAAAGCCGCUCAAAGUGCUGGUAACACAGGGCUCCAGGGUUCUCCACACAGGAGACUGUGGUCUUCACCAGCAGAAGAACUGCAGGCCAGAAUGGGCUGCACAGAAGGUAGAGGAGGGGCUUCAAAUGGUGAAGGACAACCUCUUUCCUCAGUCUCUUGUCUUAAGUGGUGCAGAAGCAGUGGAGCACAAGGUACACGUGAAGAACGGAGGCUGGGGAGAUGUUCGAGACCAUGUUCUAUGCAACAACUAUGCCAAACGUCUUUGAACUGUGCCUUUCAAAGGGUGUUCGUUGGUGUUCUGCAGAUGUGCCAUCAUACACAACUUUUCAGGGUUUUAAGAGGCUGUAAUGGUUUGCCUUUUUACUUUGAGUUUAUCUUGUAUUCCAGUGAAAUCUUCCAAAAAACGGGACUAAAUCAAGUCAAGCAUGUCACCUGUACACAACUAGAGUUCAAUGUACUUUUUAGUCUUUUCUUUUCCAGUGACCAAAGCUGCAUAGUUGCCAAAUACUUUCAUGAUAUUUGUGUUCAUGAUGCAUGCCGGUGCAGUCCUGCUGUUCUAUUUUGUGUAAACAAGCUUGUUCAUCUCUGGGUGUCUUACAGACCAAAGCAGCAAGUAAGACUGAUUGCACAGGGGUGGAAAAUGAGAGUGAACUAUAUCUGUGUGCGUGUACACACAUUAAUUAGAAAUUUUAUUUGCAAGUAUAUUUUCUUGAAUGAGAAUGCUGCACAGAAUGUUUAUUCACAAGAUGUUCAAUGUGUGUGUAUGAGGUGAUUUAAUAUCUUGCACUGCUUUUUAUGAAACCUUCAUUUGCAGUGUUUUAUUACAUGUGACAUUUCUGGUACGAUUUUAAAUGCAAAAACAAAAUGGCACAUGUAAUGUCCACAGAUUUAAUCAAAAUGUGUAUGGCAGCUUUCAGUAUCAGGGCAAAGCUCUAGAUCACUGAGCAGCCACUGUCAAAGCUGACUUCAGUGUCUGUGAUUGUAUAUGUAAUGGAAUCUGCAUGUAACCUUCAGUUUUGUUUUCUGCCUUUUUCUGA